GUGUUGUGUUUGUUUUCCGAUUUUUUUAAAGCUGUCUGUUGUAAGAAGAGAAAGAUGGUAUUGUGGAUCUCGUCAAAUAACAUUUGAAAUUUUUUGAAAAAUAUAUAACAUUAAACGUUAGAAUUAUUGUAUAGAGUGACAAUGUUGCAGGAAAUUCAGGAUGUAGAAAAUAAUAUUCUAUACGAAUUGUUAAUUUACGCUGAAUGGCAGCAAGAACCUGAAGUUCAGGGUAAGGUUUCUUUGGAUCGAGCAGAUGGAACUGAAGGGUAUAUUGCCAAGUUACUGGCACCAUUUACUCAUUCUUCCUGCCCUCCUUCUACAGUCCGCCAGCUGAUUAAUUUACAGAUGCCAUGGGCCUUUGCUAUUGGAGGAAAUGGAGCAGUUAUUGCAAUUUUACAAGAUUCUUCACUAGAAAUUAGGACUUCUCGGGAUGAAUAUGGGGCAAUCAUUGGUAGAACACAAGUUGCUAAAGAUCCAUAUCCUCAGUGGAGACGGAUUCUUUGGUCCCCUGACUGCACAAUGCUGGCUUGUGCCCAAAGUAAUGGAAAGUUAGACUUUUAUGAUCUUAUUGGAGCUCACAUGUUCACCAUUAAUAACAUGAUGUCCCCUUCUGUUCAGAAUGGGAAGCAAGAUUUUGGUAAUGCUAUUGCGGGAAUGGCAUUUUCAGAUGUUCGUGUAAAAAAUACUCAAUGGUCAUAUGAAUUCCUUGUGGCAAAUUAUCUAGGCGAGGUUCAUGGCUACUUUAUUAGUCCAUCUGACGGUUUCAACCCAAGCCACACAUUUUCCCUUUCAUCCUGCUAUCCCACUGGAAUAACAUGCUUUGUUUAUCAUCCUGUGGAUAAUGUUCUGGUCUUCUGUGGAAAGUCUCACAAAUUGUCCUUAACAUCAGGCACUAGUCCUGCAGCACAGAUGGGAAUGUCUGUGUGGAGGAUGUUAUCAGACUCACCCUAUUAUAAACUAGCUUUAUCUGUAGAUGAGCAAAUGGCAUAUUCAAGAGUUAAUUGGAAAACUAUAAUUUCACAGUAUUAUUUCUAUCAGCAAUCACAAGAGGAUCUUGUUUUUAAAAUGAGUAUUUCUCCCAAUGGUAAAAUACUGGCUUCAGUUCAUAUUUCUGGUUCUCUUUCUCUUUGGGAUUUACCCUCUUUAAGAUUGAAAAAGUACUGGCAGUUACAGCUGCAGCCCAAUUUUUCUGAUGUAAAUCCUCAACUUUGUGAACCUGGAAUGAAAAAGAAAGGUGACUUUACAUCUGAAACCUUUCACUCGCAUAUAAUCGAUAUUAAUUGGUGGUCUGAUGAAGCUAUCAUAUUAGUGAGACAGUGUGGAGCUGUAACAGUAUCUUCAACAAAGACACUCCAGAAUUUGUUGGGAGCUUCUCCAGAAUGGUUUGAACCUUCCCCUUCUGUCACAUCAUUCUGUGAUCGAGGAUUUUUAGCUCUUGAGAGUGAGGUACGGAUAAAAGGAAAAAGAAGAAGUGUGGAUGAGAUAGAUGAGGAUGAAGAUAGUAGUGAUGAUGAAGAUCCAUCUAUAUUUGCUUAUUCUUAUGAGUUAGCUCAGAGGGCCUUAUAUUUUGUUACUGACAAUGACAGAUUUCAGCCUCCCCGAAAGAAAAUGAAGAUGAUAACAAAAACUUAUCGCCUCUUGUGCCUUAAAUCAACCACACCUGAAGAAUUGUUUACCAGGAAAAUUUCAAAUGAAGAGUAUGGUGAAGCAUUAGCUCUUGCAAACACUUAUAAUUUGGAUUCUGAUCUUGUGUACCAGAGACAGUGGAGAAAAAUGCCAGCUACAGUGGAAUCUAUACAUGACUAUUUGAGCAAGAUCAAAAAGCGUUCUUGGGUUCUACAUGAAUGUUUGGAGCGUGUUCCAGAAAGCUUUGAAGCUGCAAAGGAACUGUUGCAUUAUGGAUUACAAGGUACAGAUCUGAAAGCAUUGAUUGCUAUUGGCAAAGGGGAAGAUCAGGGAAGAUUCAUAUUAUCCAGUCCUUAUGAUAGCGUUGAUGAGGAUCCUGAUACCUCACAGUCAUUCAAUUCCAGUUCUGAUGCAGAUGAUCUUUAUGACGCUAAAAAAAGACACCAACAAAAGAAGAGAACAGCAAUGCUGAAACAGGUCAAUUUUAAAAAGUUAAAUUUAGAGCAGAAGCAGCUUUGUCAAUGCCGUUUAAAACUCCUGCACUAUUUAGACAGACUAACAACUUAUGAAAUUAUAUUAGGUGGCCCUAUUUUAGCAGAUCAGAACUAUGACCACAAUUUCUUCAGGCAGUUUCGUUCUCAGUCUGGCCUAGAAGCUGCCUUGCAUUUUGCCUGUAACUCCAACUGGGAGGCUGUUGCAACUCUUUUUACUUACCACGGAUCAGAAACUUUACCACAUAGAUUGGCAAUACUGAAUAAUUUUCCAGAAACUACUUCACCCAUUGAGUACCAAUCUCUGCUACCUCUUUUUAAUGAACGGGAAUUAGUAUUUUAUCCCUGGGAUGAACAUCAGCUUAGAGAACCUGAUUGGUGUGAAAUAAAAUACCCGAAGCCACCUCCAUCUGAAGAAUUUGUUCAAGAAUUUUAUGAAAAAUAUAAAGAACUUGUGAAAUAUAGACAGACUCAAUUAAGUUUCCCCCUUGUGACUGACUGGUUUAUUGAAAGAGCUAAAGAAAUAGAGAUGCUAUCUGGAUUGGUGGAUAAUGCCAUACAGUUGCUGAAACUGGGAAUGCAGAGAAACAUAGAGGGUUUAGAAAAAUUAUAUGAUGACAUGAUUACUAUCGAAAUAUUAGUGCAUGAAUGCCAUGUUAAAGUGGAUCUGAGUUUGAAGGAAUAUGAAGAAAUGAAUGGUUUUGACAGAAUAAAGCUGAUGAUGUCAACAACAACACAAGAGAAUUUUUUGAAGAAUGUGCAUCAGUGGUUAGUACCUUUUCUCAAUCGUUGUUCUAAAUAUGAUCCUGGUUCUGGACGUUCUCUCUUUAAAAGCUACCUCUUGUCAGUCUCAAAGAAUGACUUAAUUUAUAGUCAGAAGAUUUUAGAAAACAUAAAGUCUGAUCCAUCAUUCAUAAUAUCAGAUUUCUAUGAAAUUGUAAAUCUGAUGCUUGACUGUAUCUACAAUUGUGAAAGAAUUGGUGAAUUAAAAAAGGCUUGGGCAAUUUAUGAAUUGUUAUUAUCUUUACCAGACACAUUUAUGAGAAUUACCAAGAAAUUAUUUAGCUUGCCAAAUUCUGUGGCUGAUCUAAAGAAGCAUAUAAGUGUUGCUGAGCUUUUGGAAAAAAAUGGUUUAGCUAUUCUAUUAGCCAUGGUGAAGAGCAUUUCCAAUAGUACAGAAGAAGUUAGAAAAAUAUUAAUUAAGUUAGCUAGAAUGGCGAGUCAUAGGGUUCCAGUUUUAGAUGAAGAGGAAUGGAAAACUCUGUUAACUGAUAUAUUAGAGAUGCAUAAAACUCUGUUUCAAUGUGUGACAUAUGAAGACUGUUAUGAAAUAGUACUGCAAUCAUUGCUGUGUUCUGGUAAAUCAGAAAACAUCACAUUUGCUGGUACCAUGAUGGAGUGCAAUAAUAAACAAAGGAAACAUGAUAUUGGCCCUCAGUCUUUCAAGUUACCUUACACAAAGUCUGUGGCUUUGGUUCUGGCUGCAUCUCAAGAAUACUUUAAUUCAUCUUCUGAUGCAUCUGAUCCUUGUAUGUCCCUUGCAAAGAGUUGCCUGAAAUUAAUAGAAGAUGUACCAGCUAGUAUAGAAGAUGAGUUUGAUUUAAUAUCUUCAAUAUCAUUACUAAAAGAAUUUGGUGUCACGAUUUUACCUUUACAAGUAAGAUUAUGUGAGAAUAGAAUGAGUAUUGUUAAAGAAGCUUUACAGAAAAAAGAAAGAAAUUACAAGAAGUCUCACAAGAUUAUGAAAUUGGCAAAUCUUCUGAGAGCAGGAAAUAUCAGCACUCAUGAGCGUGAAGGAAAGGUUUUGACUUUAAUAGGAGAGUAUGCAUUUGAGGCCAAAGAUUAUAAUGAAUGUCUUGCUGCUUGUCAAACGUUGAUGGACAAAGGACAUGAGGAAGGGUGGCUAAUUUGCUAUACUUUGGGUGGAUGUAAUGAAUUUGAAAACAUUCCAGCUAGAUAUACAUUGAUGGCCUUUUCGCUUGCCUAUUGCUCUGAAGAUUUGAUUGAAACUAUAUUGAAAAGUAAAUCAGAACUACAGUUACAAGUUCUUCAAGAUAGAGUCAAAUUCCUUGUUGGGGAUAUUCCAAUGAAUUUUACUGCUAUUGACUCAGAAAACAAGAUGUGUGAUAUAGCCGAAGGUGAUAUCAAUGGCAUUAAUACUCUUUGGCAAACAAGUGAAAAAACAUUACAGGCCUUACAGUCAACUACACAAACGGCUAAAGUAGUUCUAACAUCUGUGAAAAGUGUGCAGUUUUGGAAAGAUGCUAUUAAUUGGGUUCAACCUCUGGCCCUUGGUUGGAAUGGAAGAGCUCUCGAUGUGGAAGAAGAUUCCAAUGUGAAUCUUAACAAACAAGGAGUGUGUACUUUUUAUGAAGGACUUGUAGAAAAUGCACAUAUUAGUAAGUUUGAGACUAACUAUCAGCGUUAUGCUAGACCUGAUCUACCUCAAUCAUUAGAAAUUUCUACUUCUAUUUUAAGAGCAUCACUGAUUCAAGAUAGCUUGAAAUAUGAAUCAGAAGCUUCUUCUUUAGAAAAUUCUAUUAUAUUAGAUGUGUCUAAGGCCUAUUUGCCUGAAGAUUUUCUGUACAGCCUUUGCCUUCUUCUUACCUUAAAAGAUGCCGAGAAAGCUGAAGAUCUUUUCAAAACAUUACCCAGCUCACCGAUUGUCCUGCAAUUAGCUACUUUAUAUUAUGCUAUAAAAAUUCAUGUUGGUUUGAGCUUGCCUUUAGCAGAUGAGAUUGAUGCAGGACCAGAUCCUAUCACAUUUUGCAAAAAAACUUUAGAAAUGAAAAAUACUGUAGAUGCUUCUUCAUGUUCAUCAGUUGGAAAUAAUUGCGAAAAAUAUUUUGAAAUGCUUCAAAAAUAUGAUAAAAUGUUAUAUGAUUUUGUUCAAGCUGAAAUCUUGCAUAGCAUUGGAGGUGGUGUAGAUGCUACUCGAUUUGCAAAUGAUGAUGUUUAUAAGAGAGAUACAAUUCUUGGCAUUUCCAUGACUUUGGAUGAUGGCAUAUUCCAGACUGCUCUAUCUUUAGCUGUUCAUUAUUCUAUACCUCAAUGGGAUGUGUAUAUGUCACAUUUGGAAUAUCUUUUCUCAGAAUCUAGUAUAUCAGCAGUAGUAAUUAAAGAAAGAAUUGAAAAAUUUAAGAUAAGUGAAAAGCUUCUGCAGCAUAAAAAGGCAUUUGAAACAAGACUAAAAGACUACAUUUACCCUGGCAUUAGUGGCAAAGAUCAUGAAAAACUUCUUAUGUGCUUUUGUUUGUUAGAGGAUUGUGGAGAUAAUGAAGAUUCUUUAAAAUUAAAACCAAGUAUUCACAAGAAAUUGCUCAAUAAAUUUAGGGCAACUAUGAAAAGUAUUGACUACAAGAAAGUUAUGUCUCCUGGUUUAUCUGCUAGUUAUUUAACAGAUAUUUUAAAUGAAUCAAAUGUUCAUAUAUUUGCUAAAGUUGCUUCUGACAUUCCUAAAAAAAAUGGAACAUUUUAUGAAUCAUCAAAUAUUUAUUGUCUUUGGGCUCAAAAAUAUUUUUUUGAAGGCAAUGCACCAACUACUAAAAUUCCAGCAACUAAGUCUGAAUGGCUUCAUAGAUAUGAAUCUUGUUCUAAUUUGCUUCAAAGACUUGAUCCUGCUGAUGUUUUAGAAUUGGUUGACUGUAUUGUUUUUUCAGAAAAAGCUUUUGAAAAAAUGAGUAUUGAUUGCCGAUCAGAUAUUGUAAAAAGAAUUAUUAAAUUUUGUCGAGGAAAAUCUUCAAUUCAGAAAAGCAACAUUCUAUUAAGUACUGAAUGGAGUGAAGCUGCUUCGGCUCUCAAUAGCCUUCACUUACAUUUACAAAGACUAGAAGAUGAGACCUUGGUUCAAUUAAGAGAGUCUUUUGAUCCAAAAGUGAAAAUUUACUGUAAGGAAUUUGAUCUUUCCAAAUGUGACCUUGAGAAGCUGAAAUGCUUAUUAGCAAGGAUAGUUUUGGAAGGACCAGAUCUGGACCUAUUAAAGACUUUCAUUUCUUGCUGCCCAUCUGAAAUUGGUUGGGAACCAUCUGAUGCAUAUAUGAAAGCGAUUAAUGUUAUUUGUGAACAAAUCAAGCAUCCACAAAAUUCUUCUUUUACUUGCUUCAAAGAAGUUCCUCCUAUUCAAGCUUUAGAAGCUAUUUUGCAUGACAUGACCAAACAACAAGAAGAAUUAAUGAUGAUAGAAGGUAUGGCUACAGAGAUGCUUAAUGAAUUUUGUCAAGAUUCAGAAGUUCCAGUGGCAACUAGGUUGAGUAUUCUUCAGUUACUGGAAAAGACAAAUUUCAUUUCUCCAGAAUAUUGUGAUCUGCUUCUUUUGUAUCGAACCCAAGCAGUCGUUUCAGCCACAUGGCCUGACCUUCAGGUAUCAGAAGAUGAAGUGAAAGAUGAAUUUCAGCGGAAAAUUUUAUUUGAUAGCCUUUUGUGUCAAUGUCAUGCUGUAGAACAUUUCAAUUCUCUUGCAAAGCUUUUGAGUCAUUGGCCGCCCUUUACUCCUUCAGAAUCAUGGAGCUGCUGUGAUGAGCCAUGGACCAAACUUCUAUGUGGAUUAGUCUCUUUAUCAACCAAAGAAGCUCUUUCAACUGCAAUGAUUAUAUUGGAAAAAGCUCUUUCUUAUCCAAAAUUCGGUUUUGAGAACUGUCAGGAAGUAUUCCAAAAAGUCAAGGAACAGAAUAGUAUACUUCACACAAUGAAAUGUGCUCUAAUAACAAAUCAUGAUUUUUUACAUUCCAAAGCAAUAGAACUCUUGGAAAAUGGUACCAAGAUUACCACUGAUGAUUAUGAUAGCGAACUAUUGGAUUUGAUACUAAAACGCAGCUUAACAGCUCAAAUAAUAUCUACUGAUCUUUAUAAACCAGUUAUUGAAUUCUUGUUGCACUGCCAAGAUGACAGCAUACAAGAAGACUACAAGACAAUGGACACUGUAAUUAAAGAACUAUAUGAGGCUGGUUAUAGUUUUGAAGCUGGCAGCCUUGUAUUGAUUAAAAAUUCAAUACACACAGGACUUAGUACAUUUUCUUCAGCAAUUAGGAUUCUACGUGAGUAGUAUGCAGCAACUAAGUCCAAUGAAUCUGUGGUGAUACUGUAAAAAAGAAAUCAAAGUUUUAUAUGAAUAUAUUUAUCUUUUACAAAUAUCAGUGUGCAUAAUUAUUUAUUUCAUUCAAGAAGUAUUUGUUUUUUAAAUAAAUAAAAAUGCAACCUAACAAUGA